GAAAUGUCAAACAAAAAAAAACAAAAAAGCUUUUGCUAGGUGUCUAUUGUUUUGCUGCCUAUUUUCCCACAAAAUUCUCAAAAUAGAAUUUUAAAGUAUUUUCAGUGCAGAAUGGAAGAUUGGACUGUGUGCCGAUUAUGUUUACAAUCCAGCGAAGAUCCGCUUAAAUCCUUUCCGGACGAGAUGUUUGAGUCAAUACCCUUCUACAAUAUUUACUUUGAGAUUGUUGGAAUAACUCUGGGCGACUAUGAUGCAUUUCCAAAUAAGAUCUGCCUUGUUUGCGAGGAAGAAAUGAUCCGAGCAUACAAAUUCCGUCAGAAGUGUCUGGAGACUGAGGAGAAGUUGCGGGAUUUACCGGGAAAGAGGGAUGAAAGGAUUGAAUUUGUUGCACCUGUGGAUCAAGGCUCAUCGUCGCAGGGAGAAUUUAAAGGGCUGGAUAUUGCAGUGUAUGAGAAAUUUAUGCAGGUGAAGAGAGAAUUGGCUGGAAGUACGGAAUUAUCCAGUCCCCGGACAACUUCGAGUGUAAAGAAGGAGGGUUCAGCGGAGAAGAUAAGAUGCAAACACUGUCGAAUAGUUUUUCCCGGACUUGAGCCAUUUUAUGAGCAUAAAUGCUAUGAUAUUGCAAAUGUAGAGGUACCUGUGGAUGAUCGCAAGGAUCCAGAAAAAACACCUAAGCCUGAACCCCGUCGCAUGUUCAAGUGCAACGAAUGUGGUCAGACGUUCCAGAUGCGUUCAAGUAUCCUCAGUCACAUUGAGAAGCACAAUAAGUCCAAGAAAUAUGAAUGUCAGUACUGCAAGAGGCGCUUCUACAAAGCCUCCAUUCGCAAGGCUCACAUCUACAGAUUCCACUUGAAGCGCACGUUGGAGUUCAAGUGCCCACAGUGCCCCAAUGAGUAUAAUAAGAACAGCGAACUGAAGCAGCACAUCAAGGAAGUACACAAGGAAGAGAUCACGUUUCAGUGUGAUCGCUGCGGGAAGAAUUUCAAGAGCUGUUCCAUCCUCACCAGUCACAUGAAGAUCCACUCGGAUAAGGUCACUUGUGCCCAAUGUGGCAAGGAACUGAAGAAUCUCCGUACUCUCGAACGUCACAUGGAGAUCCAUUCGGGUCAGAAGAAUUAUAUCUGCCCUGUGUGCUCGCGGAGUUUUACGUGCAACUUCUCGGUGAAAAAUCAUGUGAGGAAGAUUCAUCCGGAUGAUGUACAUCUCCUGCCGCCAGAUGGAACUGUCGUGAAUAAGCGAUAUCUCGAUCGGAUGGCUGCCAGUCACAAGCGCAAAGAAGAGGAUAAACCCGAUGAAAGCCAACAUCUUGAUGGAUGUUCAAGCGAUGCCAUUAAUCCCAUUAAUCCUAUCAUUAACACUUAAGUUUAACAGGAUUGAUCCUAGAGGACAGAAUGUCCCAAGAGCAUAGACUUUACUUAUUUACGAUUUGUGUGGCAAUUUUCAGUAAUAAAAUGAUGGUAUUUCUAGUAGAAA